AUGCCUGAUUUUUAUGCUUCAAGAGCUAUUAAAGAUUGGCAUUUGCUUCAACUGGAUAUUAACAAUGCCUUUUUGCAUGGUGACUUACAUGAAGAAGUUUACAUGACUCUUCCACUAGGUUUUGAAACUUUUGAUCCUUCAAAAGUGUGCAGAUUAACUAAGUCACUAUAUGGUCUCAAGCAGACAAGUAGACAAUGGAAUCAAAAGCUCACUGAUGCUUUGUUGUCUCAAGAAUUCAUUCAGGCAAUUUCGGAUACCUCUCUGUUCACAAAACAAGCUGAUUCUCAUUUUAUAGCCUUGCUAAUUUAUGUUGAUGAUGUCAUUUUAGCAAGUGACAGCAUUGAUUUGAUAAAUGAUGUCAAAAAGUUCUUACAUGAUGCUUUUAAAAUUAAAGAUCUUAUCCAACUUAAGUUUUUUCUUGGCUUAGAAGUUGCCCGAUCCAAAGCUGGCAUUAAUCUCAGCCAAAGGAAGUAUGUGAUUGACCUUUUGGAGGAAACAUGUUUUAUAAACAGCAAGCCAGUGUCUACUCCUAUGAUUACUUCUCAAAGACUUGAUAAAGAUGUUGGUACUCCUUUCACAGAUGUUAAUUCCUACAGAAAAUUGGUUGGCAAAUUAAUUUAUUUAUUUAACACAAGGCCAGACAUUUGUUUUGCUGCCCAACAUCUUUCUCAGUUUUUGGACUGCCCUACAGAUCUUCAUAUGCAAGUUGUACAUAGAAUUCUUCGAUACUUAAAAGGUAGUCCUGGUCAAUGUGUGUUCUUCUCUGCUUCAUCAUCUCUGCAGUUGAAAGCCUUCUCAGAUUCAGAUUGGGCUUCAUGCCCUGAUACCAAGAGAUCUAUCAUUGGCCAUUGUGUUUUUUUGGGGGAUAGUCUAAUAUCUUGGAAAUCCAACAAGCAGCAAAUUGUCUCCAAAUCUUCCUYUGAAGCUGAGUAUCGUGCCCUUACUGUUGUUACAUCUCUUCACAUUGCUCGUAAUCCAGUUUUUCAUGAGCGUACAAAACAUAUUGACAUAGAUUGCCACAUUGUAAGGGAAGAAUUGCAAGCUGGUUUGAUUCACCCGAUGCCAAUAGCUUCUGAAGAACAAUUAGCUGACUGCUUCACUAAGCCCUUGCCACCUCACUCAUUUAAUAAUUCAAUUUGCAAGCUGGGCAUUCAAAAUUUGUAUGCUCUAGCUUGA